AGAGACCAGACCCACAGAGAGGGGAAAGCCAGGCUGCGCCUCCCCUGCUGCUGCCAGCCCAGAACUGGAACCUAGAAAGGGUGAGGGGAGAGGAAGCAAAGCAGGAGGAGCUUGGCUUCUUCUCGCAUCUGAGGACAGACCAGUUCCCUUCAAGAACCUCACAGAGAGGCAGACUGUAUCUCUGCAGCGAGCUUUCGGAGUACCACUGGCCCGGCGGCUAAGGAUGGUGAUGUCUCUGAGAGCAGGCUGCAGGGCAGCGCUCUCGCUCUGGAUUCUCGGCAGCUUCAUCUGCAGAGCCUGGACAGCUCCCUCCACGUUCCAGAAAUGCGAUGAGCCUCUCAUCUCUGGUCUUCCCCAUGUGUCCUUCAGCAGCUCUUCCUCCUUGUCCAGCAGCUAUGCACCUGGCUAUGCCAAGAUCAAUAAACGAGGAGGUGCUGGGGGAUGGUCUCCAUCAGACAGUGACCACUAUCAAUGGCUUCAGGUUGACUUUGGAAAUCGGAAGCAGAUCAGUGCCAUUGCGACCCAAGGAAGGUACAGCAGUUCUGACUGGGUGACCCAAUAUCGAAUGCUCUACAGUGACACAGGGAGAAACUGGAAACCCUAUCAUCAAGAUGGCAAUAUCUGGGCUUUUCCAGGAAACGUCAAUUCUGACAGUGUGGUCCGGCAUGACCUGCAGCAUGCAGUAGUUGCCCGUUAUGUACGCAUUGUGCCCCUGGACUGGAACGGAGAAGGCCACAUAGGGCUGCGUGCAGAAGUCUACGGCUGCUCUUACUGGGCUGACGUUAUCAACUUUGAUGGCCAUGUUGUGUUACCAUAUCGAUUCAGAAACAAGAAGAUGAAAACACUCAAAGAUGUUAUUGCUUUGAAAUUUAAGACCUCUGAAAGUGAAGGAGUACUUUUGCAUGGUGAAGGACAGCAAGGGGAUUACAUUACUUUAGAACUGAAAAAAGCCAAGCUGGUCCUCAGUUUAAAUCUAGGAAGCAACCAGCUAGGCCCCAUCUAUGGGCACACAUCUGUGACAUCUGGGAGCCUGCUGGACGAUCACCACUGGCACUCUGUACUCAUUGAGCGCCAGGGACGCAGCAUUAACCUGACCCUGGACAGGAGCAUGCAGCAUUUCCGCACCAAUGGAGAGUUUGACUACCUGGACUUGGACUAUGAGAUAACAUUUGGAGGCAUACCUUUCUCUGGCAAGCCAAGUUCCAGUAAUAGGAAGAACUUUAAGGGCUGUAUGGAAAGCAUCAACUACAAUGGUGUCAAUAUUACUGAUCUUGCCCGAAGAAAGAAAUUAGAGCCAUCAAAUGUGGGGAAUCUGAGUUUCUCUUGUGUGGAGCCCUAUACAGUUCCAGUCUUCUUCAAUGCGACAAGUUACCUGGAGGUACCUGGCAGGCUCAAUCAGGACCUGCUCUCAGUCAGUUUCCAGUUUAGGACUUGGAACCCCAGUGGUCUCUUGCUCUUCAGUCACUUUGCAGAAAACUUGGGCAAUGUGGAGAUUGACCUUGUGGAGAGCAAAGUGAGCGUCCACAUAAACACCACACAGACCAAGACAAGCCAAAUCGACAUCUCCUCAGGCUCUGGCCUGAAUGAUGGACAGUGGCAUGAGGUUCGCUUCCUGGCCAAGGAAAACUUCGCAGUCCUCACCAUUGAUGGAGAUGAAGCAUCAGCAGUUAGGACCAAUAGUCCUCUUCAAGUGAAGACUGGCGAGAAAUACUUCUUUGGAGGAUUUCUGAACCACAUGAACAAUGCCAGUCACUUUGCCCUUCAGCCAUCAUUCCAAGGAUGCAUGCAGCUCAUCCAGGUAGACGACCAGCUUGUAAAUUUAUAUGAAGUGGCACAGAGGAAGCCAGGAAGCUUUGCAAAUGUCACCAUUGACAUGUGUGCCAUCAUAGACAGAUGUGUGCCCAAUCACUGUGAGCAUGGUGGGAAGUGCUCGCAAACAUGGGACAGCUUCAAAUGCACUUGCGAUGAGACAGGAUACAGCGGGGCCACCUGCCACAACUCCAUCUACGAGCCCUCCUGUGAAGCAUACAAACACCUUGGCCAGACAUCAAAUUACUACUGGAUAGAUCCUGAUGGCAGUGGACCACUGGGACCUCUGAAGGUUUAUUGCAACAUGACAGAGGACAAGGUGUGGACCAUAGUGUCUCAUGACUUACAGAUGCAGACGACAGUGGUAGGCUACAACCCAGAAAAGUACUCUGUGACACAGCUCAUCUAUAGUGCCUCCAUGGACCAGAUCAGUGCCAUCACCAGCAGCGCUGAGUACUGUGAACAGUAUGUCUCCUACUUCUGCAGGAUGUCCAGGCUGUUGAACACCCCAGAUGGAAGUCCUUACACCUGGUGGGUUGGCAAAGCCAAUGAGAAGCACUACUACUGGGGAGGGUCAGAGCCUGGAAUUCAGAAGUGUGCCUGCGGGAUUGAGCGCAACUGCACAGAUCCCAAGUACUACUGCAACUGUGACGCGGACUACAAGCAGUGGAGGAAGGAUGCUGGCUUCUUAUCCUACAAAGAUCACCUGCCAGUGAGCCAGGUGGUGGUUGGAGAUACUGACCGACAAGGCUCAGAAGCCAAGCUGAGCGUGGGUCCCCUGCGCUGCCAAGGAGACAGUAAGUUUGCCCAGCAGCUGUGGCUUGCACUUUCUUAUCACAUUGAAAUAGUGUUUCCAGGGUGCUCAGAAGAUGCCAGAAAACAUGUGUGGUUUUCAAAAAUCAUCAAACAACACAAGCAGGACCAAUAG